UUUUUUUCCUGGGGAAGAUCAUAUUGGAUCAUAUUGUUUGCAGGACGUUGUUCCUCCUGCAGCCCCCCCGCCACCACCACCACCAGCACCGCCGCCGCCGCUGCCGCCGCCACCACCACCACCCCCCCAGUCUAUCCCGACGUAGUUGUGAAUUGAACAUGGCGACUGUACCAGUAUAUUGCAUCUGCAGAUUACCUUACGACGUGACCCAGUUUAUGAUCGAGUGCGAUGCCUGCAAGGACUGGUUCCACGGCAGUUGCGUCGGGGUGGACGAGGACGAUGCUCCAGACAUUGACAUUUACCACUGUCCGAACUGCGAGAAGACCCACGGCAAAUCCACACUGAAAAAGAAAAAGAACUGGAGCAAACAUGACACGGGCCAAAGCACAGAUAUAAAAGCUGUUCAGAACGGCAGUCAGGUUUUCAUCAAGGAGCUUCGCAGCAGAACGUUUCCAAGUGCUGAUGACGUAGUGGUGAAGCUCAGCGGCAGUCAGCUGUCCAUGGACUACCUGGAGGAGAACGGCUUCAACGAACCCAUCCUGGUCCAGAAGAAAGACGGCCUGGGCAUGUCCCUGCCCGCCCCCACCUUCUACAUCAGUGAUGUGGAGAACUAUGUCGGCCCCGACGUUGGCGUGGACGUCAUUGACGUCACCAAACAGACCGACAGCAAGAUGAAGCUCAAGGAGUUUGUCGACUAUUACUACAGCACUAACCGAAAGAAAGUGCUAAACGUCAUCAACCUGGAGUUCUCUGACACAAGGAUGAACAGUAUAGUAGAAAGUCCACAGAUUGUGCGGCGGUUGUCGUGGGUUGAAAACUACUGGCCGGAUGACGCGCUGCUCGGGAAGCCAAAAGUCACCAAAUACUGUCUCAUCUGCGUUAAAGACAGCUACACGGACUUCCACAUCGAGUGCGGUGGCGCCUCCGUGUGGUACCACGUCCUGAAGGGGGAGAAGAUCUUCUUCCUCAUCAAGCCCACCUCGGCAAACCUGUCCUUGUACGAACGCUGGAGGUCGUCGUCCAACCACAGUGAAAUGUUCUUCGCCGACCAGGUGGACAAGUGUUACAAGUGCACCCUGAAACAAGGCCAGACCCUGUUCAUCCCAUCAGGUUGGAUCAAUGCAAUACUGACUCCGGUCGACUGCCUGGCGUUCUCCGGACACUUCGUCCACAACCUGAGCGUGGAGAUGCAGAUGAGGGCGUACGAGAUCGAGAAGCGGCUAAAGGUCAAAACCCUCAACCCCUUCCCCAACUUCGAGACGGCUUGCUGGUAUGUGGGGCGACACCUCCUCGAAAGAUUCAAAGGUUUACAUAAAGCAAAUAAGCAACCAGCUCCAUACCUGAUACAUGGUGCCAAAAUCAUUAAUGGAGCCUUCAGAGCGUGGACUAAAAAACAGGCCCUGCUGGAACAUGAAGAUGAGCUUCCAGAAAACAUGAAACCAUCUCAGCUCAUUAAGGAUCUUGCCAAAGAGAUCAGACUGUCAGAGAAUGCAACAAAAGCCAUUAAAAGCGAGCCCAGCAUUAAAGUGCCGGUGGAGGAGCCUCCGUCCACCCACUCUGAUCCCGAAGAGCCCGGUUCCCCGGCGCGCGUCCCUUCUCCCAGCAGAGAGAAAUCCAGAAAGAAAGCUUCCAAGCCGCCCAAGCCUCCGAAGCCUCCCAAACCCCCAAAGAUGCCCAAGGCCCCCAAGCCUCCGAAGGUGCCGAAGGUGAAGGAAGGAGGCAAGAAGAAGGCGAAGAAGGUGAAGGAGCUGUCGCCGCCUCCUAAGCCCUCCAGCUUCGCGGCGCUCGAGUCCCACGCUAAGGAUAUCCUGAGUAGGAUGGACCAAUCGAAGAAGUCCAAGGCCGUUAAGAAUGUGCAGAGCAUGUCCGAGAAGGAAAUAUCAAAGCAGAACAAUGUGGAGAAGUUUGAAAUCAGAGAGCAAAAUAAAAACAAGACUGAAGCAAAAUGGAAGUAUAAGAACAGUAAGCCAGAUUCCCUGCUGAAAAUGGAGGAGGAGUGCAAAUUUGACAGAACACCACUGUCGGGCAAUAAAGACAGAUUCAGCUUCACCAUGUCUCACAGGAAAAUGCUCAGCUCCAAGGCGCUGAAACCUCAGACCAACUCAAGUGUUUUUGGAUCAUUACAAAACCUAAAAGAAGACAAAACCAAGCCAGUGAGAGACGAGUACGAGUACGUCUCAGAUGAGGGGGAGCUGAAGAUUGACGAGUUCCCCAUCAGGCGGAAAAAGAACGCCGUUAAGAGAGAUCUUUCCUUUUUGUCAGACAUCAGAGAACCCAUUCAGCCAGCCAAAAAAUCAAAGUUCCAACCCUUGGUGAGCAAGAGCAACGACUCCUCAGAUGAAGAGACUCUGCACAUAGACACAGAGGCCAAGCCUGAGGUCAAAAGUCGCAACAAGGUGAAGAAGAAGGCUGGCAGCGCCGCGGGGAUCCUGGACCUGCUGCAGGCUAGCAAGCAAGUGGGUGGGAUUGACUACAGCGCCAACAGUCAGCCACCUGCAUCUCCCAGCACACAGGAGGCCAUUCAGGGCAUGCUGUCCAUGGCCAACCUGUCCUCUUCAGAGAGCUUGCAGCAGCCGUGGAGCAACAGCCAGUCCAAAAACAAUAGCCAGUCGAAGAGCAACUCGCACAGCUCGCAGGCUGGAAAGAAGGCCAGCGGGGGGUCCGGCGGCGGCGGCGGCGGCGGCAACAACGGCAAGCGGCCGACCAAACGCGUCCCGAAGAAACCCAGGAAAAGCAGCAGCAUCGAGAGCCUGGACUACGACGACGAUCAGGAUCACAUGGACGCGUGUUUCAAGGACUCAGAUUACGUUUAUCCCUCGUUGGAGUCCGAAGAGGAUAAUCCCGUUUUCAAGUCUCGAUCGAAAAAACGGAAAAGCAGCGACGACACUCCGUACAGCCCCACAGCCCGCGUAGGACCCUCGGUUCCUCGGCAGGAGCGGCCGGCGAGAGACGGAGCCCGCGUGGCCUCCAUAGAGACGGGCCUGGCCGCGGCUGCAGCGAAGCUUUCCCACCAGGAGGAGCAGCAGAAAACCAAGAAGAAGAAGAAAAGCACCAAAAAGAAGGCAAUAGUAAUCGAAGAGCCCCCAAAAAUCUCUCAGGACAGUAGCUCGCCCGAGCACAACGCGGACUCCCAGGACGGCAGCCUGACGGACCACGAGUUCAACACUGGAACGGUCAAGUCGCCGGGGGGGCCGCAGCCCAUGGCGCCGGGGGUCUUCCUCAGCCACAGGCGGCCGUCCGUGUCUUCGCCCAACAACAGCAACAACUCCAUGAGCACCAACAGCAGCGCGGCGCCGAAGGGGGAACGCGUGGGGUCCGCAGACGCCAAAGCUAAGCGGCUAAAGAAAGGCAUGGCGACGGCCAAACAGAGACUCGGAAAGAUUUUAAAAAUCCAUCGAAAUGGAAAGCUCCUCCUGUAGCAUGCAGCAGCAGACUGACUGUUGUAGGACUGGGAACUCACGAGCUGCGUCCCAUCCCGACCUCACCACCCUGUUCACCGACUCAAGCCAACGACGGGAAGUUUAAAAAAAAAAAAACAAACAAACACAAAACAAAACAAAAAAAACAAACAAAAAAAAAAACUGACUGACUGAAGUGUGAUGGGAGAAGAAGAAAAUCAUGCAUUUUUUCAAUUUCUAAGAAGAACAUCACUCAAAUAGGUCUUUGCCUCUACUUAUACUUUAUAACUUUCAGAUAUUAAAGUGUACAGAACCUACUAUAAAUAUUUUUUAAGAGAACAUGUCUCAUUUUACUACAGCUGUCAGUUUAUCAGGGGUUGCUAAACAUGAAGUAGAAGUACAUUUGCAGUCAUUCCAAGAUUUUGUGAAAGUAUCCCUUGCAUGUAUUCAGUUGCAUGUGUGCUUGGGUCUGGGUUUGGGGGGAGAGAGGGAGUUUGAGGGGAGGGAGGGUGGGUGGGGGGUAUUUCCUACUAUAUGGAUGCAGCUUAUCAUUGCCACGCCGAGUCGAGAUGGAAACGAACCCCCCACCACCCCUCCCUUUCUUUCUUUCUUUCUUUCUUUCUUUCUUUCUUUCUUUCUUUCUUUCUUUCUUUCUUUCUUUCCUUCCUCCUUCCGAGGCCCGAGGUCCCCGGCGCAAUCGCAGCAUCGCAGAGUUUCGAUCGGAGUCAACUCGAGCAUUUAUCUCUUUGUGUUAACACUUAACGUUUGCAGAGCACUAUCAGCGGGGAUGGGGGGAUGGGGGAGGGGGGAGGGGGGGUGGGAUGUUUAUUUAUUCGUGUCGGGUCGUAGAUAGGAAAUCAGGAGCAACUGUAAAGCACAAAGCGAGUCCCGAUCAUCAGCGUCCGGACCUUUCUCGAACUUUUAACCGUAGGAAGCGUGCACUCCAUUUGGGUUCAGUGGACAGGAUGGCAUAGUAAAAAAACAUAGGACUUCUGACACUACAUGGGAACCGCAGGCAAUGAUAAGCCUCAUCCAUGUCAGGUGUGCAGUUACAUGGGGAUACUUUCCGUCUUCUUUUGCUUUCGCAGGCAGCACCGACAACCUAGACUCAUAUCUGCGUUUUUACGGCGUCACACAGUACAGUAUAUAGAAUGUAGCUUGUACAUAGCCUUUUAAAUUACUACUUUUUGUAUCCUUUUCCCCUUAAGGCCUAAUUCUACAUUUUUACUGGUUUUGCUAAUUAUGAAUAAAUAAAUAAAUAAAUACAAAAUAUAUAUAUGGAUAUACAGUAUAGUCGCCAUGUUUAACUUUUACUUUUUUUUUUUUUUUAAAUAGGAGAGAUUAAUUUUUAUUUUAUUAUUAUUCUUUUUUUCUUUUUUUUUUUAUUUGGUCAUUAGUUUUAAAAGGUGUUGCCUGGAAAACAACUGAAGAAAUAAUACAUUUUAUUGUCAUAUGGCCUUACAUACACAAAGCUAAUUGUAUUGUGAUUCUGUUUGAACAAGAGACGAAGCUUUGAGGAAAAAUUAUGUAAAAGGAGAAAAAAAAAACAACAAAACAAAACAAACAAAAAAAAACACAUAAAAAAAAAAACAACAGCGACUCUUAAAGUUUCUACGACCAGCCUCUUGUUCAAGUUCUAGUAUCCUGAAGGGUUUUCGGAAUUAUUUUACUAGCACCUUGUGAAGUGUUUAUGUGUCAGUGAUGUAAUUUAUUAAUGUUUGUAGCUUUUUUAUACUUGUACAAUUCUUAAGAGUUUGUUUUUUGUUUUUUUCUUUUUUUGAGUAUUUCAUCGAGUUGUGAAAUUUCCCUUUACAUUUAUUUUUUUUUGUUAUUUUUGAAGCGUGUGUGGGUUUUUUUGUUUUGUUGUUGUUUUUUGGGGAGGUUUUUUUUGGAGGGGAGGGAGGCGUCAGUAUCAUUUGACACACUAGAAUCUACAUUAGUUUUAUAUAUAUGUGUGUAUAUAUACAUAUAUAUAUAUAAAACUCCAUCCUGUCCCAUUUCCAGUGUGACAUCAUCGUCUCCAUUACCAUCGUUAUUGUCGUACGUUAAUAUUCGAGCUCCGUGCAGCUGCAGCCCCCCCCCCUACUCCCCCCUCCCCUCCCCUCCUCUCCAUCCCACCUCUUUGUUCUUUUGAUUUCGGUCAGGACAUUUUUUUUUAUUUUUUUGUUUCAACGUGGUUUCACACCAUCUCCUCCUCCUCCACAGCAGCAGUGUUUUCUGGUCGUGUCAUCUCAGAGGUGACGCGCGCUCCGAUCAAACUCUCGUCAGCGAAGACAUAUUUUUCAGGUUUUUUAUUUGUACAGGAUGUGCGUUUUGCUUUGUUGUGGUUUUAUUUUUGUAUGUCCGACCUUAUUAAAUGCAUCCACUGUGCCAGGGCGGUGAAUGAUACCUGUUGUAGCUGUCUUCCCUCACUGUUAUUUACAGUACUAGUAAGUAUUUACAAUCCUUUUUGACCUGAAUCUAUAUUUUUCUGUAUUUAGACGAUUCUGUUCGAGGUCAUGACUCACUUUUUUAAGACAUGGAAACUCCGAGGAACAAACAUAUUGUUGUUUAAUGAUAUGAUUGUCCGCCUUGUUUACUUUUAAUACAGUUACUGUGCAAAACCAACUUUGUAAUGUGUUCCUCUCCCACUUGCAAUGUGACAGCUUCUGUGGUGACUACUCAGUUUUAAAGUCAAAUCUGUGCCACACAUAUCACAGACUGAUCUAUUUUUUUUCUUUUUUUUUCUUAAAUAUAUAUCUAUAUAUAUA